CCGGAAGGCUGUGGAAGACUAAAGAGGCUUUUCCCCGUGGAUCCUUACCAUCAAUGAUAGAUUAUGGCAUCAAAUUAAACUUGUUCAUGAUUAUAUUUCCCGCAAGCUCCAUGUUACAUUCUUGUUGUCGUUUCCAAGUGUUUUUCUCGUGUUAACAGAUAAAUGGCGAAGCAAAAUGGCAAUAGUGAAGUCACCAUCACCAUAACAAGAUCGGAGCCGGUGUUCGUCUAUCCAGCCGAAGAAACCGCCGACGAGUACUACUUCCUAUCCAACCUAGACCAGAACAUUGCUGUAAUUAUGAAAUCGGUGCACCUCUUCAAGGCGAACGAGACGAGGGGCAGCGAGGAUGCCGGCCGAGUGAUAAAGGAGGCUCUUGCCAAGAUUCUGGUCCAUUUCUACCCUCUUGCAGGAAGCCUCACAAUCAGCUCGGAGGGUAAGCUGAUCGUUAAGUGUGAUGGCCAUGGAGUGCCGUUUGUGGAGGCAGUGGCUGAAUGUGCCAUGGAAGUAUUAGGAGAUAUCUCCACUCCGGAUUCUGAGAAGCUUGGAAAGCUCGUCUAUAUUGAUCCAAGAGCUAAGAACCUCUUGGAGACGCCUCUCCUAACGGUUCAGGUAACAAGGUUCAAGUGUGGCAGUUUUGUCUUGGGCCUAGCCAUGAACCACUGCAUGGUUGAUGGGCUCUCGUGCAUGGAUUUCCUCAGCUCAUGGGCUGAGGUCGCUCGCGGCCGCCCCCUCUCCACCCCGCCCUUCUUGGACCGGACCAUCCUACGGGCUCGACAGCCCCCCAAGCCCGAAUUUCCUCACCACGAGUUUGACGACAUCGAAGACGUCUCCAAUCUCACCGAGCUCUACAACUCCGAACCACUCCAACACCGGUCGUUUAUCUUCGAUGCCGAUAAGCUGGGCCGGCUGAAACAAAUGGUCAUGGAGGGUGGGCCCAUAGAGGGCUACACAAGCUUCGUAGCGCUAACGGGCCUGAUCUGGCGGGCCAGAACUAGGGCCUUGAAAAUGAGCCGCCACCAAGACACUAAGUUGUUGUUCGCGGUGGAUGGCCGAACCCGGUUGGAGCCACACCUCCCGGUUGGGUUUUUUGGGAAUGGGAUCGUUCUAGCCUGCUGCCUAUGUAAGGCCGAGGAGCUCUUGGACCGGCCGCUAUCUUUCGCGGUCCAAUUAGUCCAGACCGCGAUCCACGAGAUAAACAAUGCGUUCAUCCGGUCUGCGAUCGAUUACUACGAGACAACCCGGGCGAGACCGUCGCUGUCAGCAACGCUGCUGGUGACCACAUGGACCCAGUUGAAUUUUAACAGCUUGGAUUUUGGAUGGGGCAACGCGAUUCAAACCGGUUCGGUCGAUCUGCCACAAAAGGAGGUGGCUUUGUUUCUUCGCCAUUGGAAGGAGAGGAAGAGCAUCGUGGUGGCGUUGGGAUUACCGGGUCAUUGCAUGGAGGUUUUUGAAGAGCUGAUGGAUUUCUAGCCUUUCAAGCAUGAAAAAGGAGAUCGAAAGCAUAUAAUUAAAUAAAAUUUAUUUUGAAGCAAAUGUACACUUGGACAAGACAAAAGGAGUGUUCCAAGCAAACAAGAAAAAAAGGAAAAAAAGAAGUGAAUUGUACACUUGGCCUUAAAAUAUAGCGAGAACAAGUAAAUUAUCUCAUGUACUAUUUUGUUAACUGCAGGGAGUGCAAUAUAUUAAAGCAUAAGUUGAUAAGUAAGUUGGUAA